AACAAAGCUGACUACACUCGUUCUCAUGCGACAGUUUUAAAUUAAAUCACCUACCACAACACUCGCGAACACGUUGGAUUACGUAAGAAUGGCACAAGCUGGCGUUUUUCUCGAGCACGACCAGUUUAACUGUUCAAUAUGUCUGGAUGUGCUCAAGGACCCCGUUACUAUACCGUGUGGCCAUAGUUAUUGUAAAGGCUGUAUCUCGGGUUAUUGGGACCAAGAUGAAUACAUCUCACUGUACGGCUGCCCUCAGUGUAGGCAAACAUUUUCGCCAAGGCCUCUACUGGGCAGGAACACCAUGCUGGCUGAUGUCGUGGAGAAACUGAAGAAGACGGGACUUCAGACCGUUCCGUCUGACGACUCUUUGGCCGAAGCUGGAGAUGUGGAAUGCGACGUUUGCACAGGACGCAAAAACAAGGCUGUCAGGUCCUGUUUGGUGUGCCUGGCCUCCUACUGCGAGUCGCACGUUCAACCCCACUACGAGUCUCAGGCCUUCAAGCGGCACAAGCUUGUCGCACCCUUCGGCACGAUACAAGAGAAGCUGUGCUCUCGCCACGACAAGCUGCUGGAGGUGUUUUGUCGCACCGACCAGCGGUGCAUAUGCUCCCUAUGCCUUACCGACGAACACAAAGGCCAUGACGCCGUGCUGGCUGCAGGGGAAAUCACAGAAAAGAAGAGUGAGGUCGGGGAACUGCAGAGAAAAUCUCAGCAAGUCAUUCAGGAGAGGGAGAGAGAGCUGGAACAGCUGAAACAGUCCAUGACUUCACUCACACUCUCCUCUCAGUCGGCGCUGGUUCAGAGCGAGCGGAUCUUCUCGGAGCUGACGGCCUCCAUGGCCAAGCGUCAGGGGGAGGUGACGGAGCUGAUCCGGGCGCAGGAGCGGGCGGCCAUGGGCCAGGCGGAGGGCUGCGUGCGGCAGCUGGAGCAGGAGCUGGCCCACCUGAGGAAGAGGGACACCGAGCUGCUCCGCCUCCUGCAGACCGACGACCACGUCAACUUCCUGCAGAGCUGCCAGUCACUGGGUGCUCAGCCCGAGCGCGAGUACGUGCCAAACAUCCGAGCGGACCCCAACUUCGCCUGCGUCAUCGCCGCUGUCACAGAGUUUCAGGCACUGCUGGAGGAUGUGUGCCAGGGAGGAUUCUUCAACAUCUCUGAAAAAGUUAAUGGUGUUGCAGUUCUUGAGGAUCCAAAGCCAAGGGCAGAACCAGAGCAAGCACCUGCCCACCCCAGUCCUUCAGAGCCCGCUCCCCAGGCUGCGUUUGGCCUGAGCGCUCCUGCUCCUACCACAUUCGGGGUCCCAGUGCCCACUUUCGGUGGCUUCGCCUUCUCAACAUUCGGUUCAAGGCCCUCUGGCUCGUCCAGACUGCGAGUUCAACAGCGAAGGCGACGGAGGUAACCAGGACAGGAGUACAACCAACCGGAUGGCUGCCAAACUGUAUAAUUUUAUUAGCCGCUACGUCGGCCGCAUGUUUACUUUCAAUAAGUAAAAAAAUAAUACUAAUUUAAAAAGAUAAGCAUAACAAGUCCCAGUAUUAACAUACUGAGGUUUUGUUUCUGAGGUUCCGUUUUCCUGAUCAUACAGAUUUUUUUUUUUGCACCACCUUGAUACCUUUUAUUUCAUUUAUUGUUCUAAUAUUAUAUUAUUAUAUAUACAAUAAUAAUAUAAUAUGAUAUUAUUAUAUGUAUAAAACACAGAAAGUGUUAAAAAAUGCUAACAUGGAGCUUUACGGACAUUUUCUGUGAUGUCCACCAUGCCCUGCUUUGCACAAUCAUGAUGAACAGAUACAUUGUGUAGUUCUGUAGAGUCAUUGGUGCUGUUUGCGUUGCAUUGCUGCUAGAUAAGAAACUUGCAAAUGUAAAGAUACAAAACAUAGUUAACGCCAGGGACACAUGUAGACGAAAUGAGCGAAGCGAAGAGACGCGGAAUUCAGUAUUCAGUAUUCCAUUCUGAUAGCUUAACGAUCAACAAGGUCGUAGCUGCGAAUCAGAAUGAUUAAAACGUUUGUUACCGAUUUGAUCGGCCAUUGCAGGCGAAAUCUGCAACUUAUUUGCAUAAUAUUUAACUUUGCAUAAUAUUUUUGCUUCGCUUCGGCCCUGUGCGCUUGCCUUCGGCCCACCCGCAUAGAAUGGAGAAUUUCGCUUUGCUUUUCAAAUUCGCCGGCAUGUGUCUCUAGCAUAAGCCUUUUCAAAAGAGCAUUGAAUUUUAGGUUUUAUUUCCUAAAGGAAAGUGUUAAAAGAGAUAGCAUUUUUUUGGUGAAACUUUGUUUGUUUUUAAAUAAUGAAAUGAAAAGUUUAUUUUAAAUAAACAUUUAAGGAUGUGAA